UUAUAAGGGAGAUAACGAGGUCUGACCGUUGAUUCUACUUACGCAACCUUAACAAGAUGGCUGCGCCCAUUUCACCACAAACACAGGCCUUCUCUCCACUGAAGAAUGAUCUGCUACUAAGGGCAGCCCGAGGAGAAAAGACAGAGAGGGUGCCUGUAUGGGUUAUGAGACAGGCUGGACGCUACCUUCCUGAGUACAGGCAAGCAAAAGGCGAUACCAAGUUUUUUGCUACCUGCAAAGAUCCCCAACUUGUUUGUGAACUUACUCUCCAGCCCAUCCGCAGAUAUGACCUGGAUGCUGCCAUCAUUUUCUCCGACAUUCUAGUCAUCCCUGUGGCCAUGGGCCUAGCAGUAGCCAAUGAUCCUGGAGAGUGGACGUUGAUGAAGUUCAUGAUAGAGAAUGUGAGUGCCGGGCCAAACCCCAACAAAGCCCGCCGCUUCCUGGCAGAACAUGCAGAGGCCGGCCACCAGCUCCUGGGCCUGCUCAAAGACGCUGUUGUCCGACAUCUAGUGCAUCAGGUCAAGGCCGGAGCACAGAUUGUGCAAGUUUUCGACUCAUUUGCCGGGGAGUUGGGACCCGUAUUUUUCUCCAAGUUUGAACUGCCUGUUCUAAAGCAGAUUGCCAGAGAGGUCAAAGAAAAGUUACAGAGCAUGAAUAUAGAACCAGUGCCUAUGAUUGUCUUUGCUAAAGACGCACAUUUCGCCAUCGAAGAACUGAGCAAGUCAGGCUAUGACGUGGUGGGCUUGGACUGGGGAGCACAGCCUCUGCAUGCAAGAAAAUUGGCCGGGAACCAGGUGACCUUGCAAGGCAACAUGGACCCUGUUAUGAUGUUUGCACCUAAGGACGACAUAAAAAAGGCUGUGAAAGAAAUGCUGAACAAGUUUGGCACACAACGUUACAUCGCUAACCUUGGCCAUGGUGUGCUCAAGGACACAGACCCAGACCAUCUCGGCGUGUUCAUUGAUGCUAUACACACUUAUUCGGAGGACAUGAAUGCUGUGUUGUAGGACAUGUGGGAAAUUCAUUGAUGCUAUACACAUUUUUGCUCGGAGGACAUGAGUGAUGUGUUGUGAAGCCAUGUUGAAACUUCGUUGACACUAUGCACACUUACUCAGAGAGUAUGAACGGCUUGUUUUGAGAUAUGACUUGAAUUAUUACACGUCGUCUUGGUCAUAACACACUUGCCCAAGUCAUUUUUUUUUCUUUUCAGGUUUCUUGCAGUUAGCCUGGUAAAAAUGCCCAUUACUUGUUGUGUCCUCAGUAUAGCAGAGUUUCGUUUCGUUGACUGAAAAUCCUAUCACAGAGAUAUUUUUUCUUUAUACUUUAUCUCAAAUCCUAAGACUGAUUUCAGAAAGCACUGGGGGUUUUUUAAUUAAUUUUUUUUUACAUCUCAUGAAGAGAACAAAAAGACAGUGAUAGAAAUUAAAAUUUGGCUUAUGCACCUGAGUUGUGACCAUGACAUGUCCUCUAUAGAGUUUUUAGUUCGGGCUAUUACUGUAGUAUUUUGUUUUACCAAAGACAAUGCGGAUUACUUCAGCUGUUUUCAGUUUUGUGUCAUACUACGGGCCUCCAUGAUUAAAGCCACUGCUUACUGGUUAUGUUGUUCAAUCUCUCUAAGUGAGCUGUUGACGGGUGCUCUGGUGUGGUUUGCUUCAUUUUUCCUAUCAGAUAUCUAUCAUCCUUGUAUCUCCUCCUUCUUUUCUGUGUUUGUUACUCUCAUGUAACACCUCUAAUCUUUGGCACUUAUAUGACCUUUUGGCGUUGCAAGUGCUGUAAAACUCUUAUUAAAGCUGACAUAUGUGGGCCUGUUGCAUCACACUGAUGGGUUAUAUACUGCAGAAGUACUCAGUCUUAAUUUUAUAGUUAUGUGUUUUACUUUUCAUGUUUUCACUAAACUCACCGCCAUGAUGACCAUAGUUGUCUUGGUCGCAAAUUUUUCUUUUUAUUUCUACAAACAACUAACACAUUAAUUUAUAAGCCAAUGGCGCAGCACAAUUACUAGAGUAAUGUCCUUUAAAUCGUUCAGAGCAGUUUCACUUCAUAAGAACUAGAAUGAUUUUCCAUGAAAUCUGGCCUAUUUUUUAAGCAGGGCUUCCCUUUUAUGCUGUUUAUUUCUGAAUUUUUGUUUGAGUGUUCGCUGGUCAAAGAUCAACAGACACAUACACGGUGCUGAAACUGAUGUAAAUUGAAAAAACUCAUAAUAUUUUUGAGAUUAUGAAUUUAUAUGAUUCAAUAAAUUCUGAUAUGAAAUUUUUAAAAAUGAAAUGCAAAAUGAUAUUGUCGCCAAUCGACUUUUAAAACGAGAAGACAAGUUGUAGUUUUUUUUGUAACGUCUGCUGUAAAACAAGAACAAAAUAAGAUAAAAUAAAAAUCUUUCUGUUCUGCAAAGAUCAACAUAUCCUGCUGAGCGUGGCUAACUUUCAGUAUUCUAACAUUAAUAUAGCUACAGAGUAGGGUUUAUUUUAGAUGGGUAAAAAUACUGGCAGGCAGCAUACCAGUCUGAGUCAAGGCAGCGAAUGAGUUAACACAUUUUAGGACCCAAUCAAUCAUGCACAUUUACUGAUUGGAGUGAAGUUGUAGUCACGAUGUAUGUUGAGACUUAGAUUCUAUUUUUAGUUAGAUCUACCUCAAGUGGAUGCAAUAUACUAUAAUAUAUUGACCAGUCUCCUUUCCUUUCAGAAGUCCUGGAUUUAGAGUUGUCAUUCCUCAAGAAAUAAUGAGCUUUUGUGUCAUCUCUGUCUUAAAACAAAAAAUGAUAUUUUGAUCAGCGUGUGAAAUGAGUAUUUUAUGAGUAUGUGAACAAUACUGUGUGUGUGAAAAGAUUUUUUAUUACACUGAUAUUGAUCAUCCUAAUGUUUUUACCAGGUUUCAUUAGAACGUUUUUUUUGGGGGCUCUAUUUUUAAUUACUCCUUGUCGGUACAGUUUAAUGGAUCAGUUCCCUUUUUCUUUCGGAGUCUUUGAGUUUUAGAGGUGUCUAUUCCCGAGAGAUAUUUCACUUUGUUAUCUAGCACUGUCUUAUAACAGUUGUAUCAUUUUGAUCUGAAUAUAUGAAAUUAGUAUUUUGUGUGUGUAUAUGUGUGUGUAGUAUGUGUGUGCACAAAUGCUUUUGUGUGAAAAGAUUUUUGCCUUAGAUUAUUUGAUAUUGAUUGUCCUUUGUGAAAGCAGAGUAUGUCAUAGAACCUGCAUUCUGAAAAUUAUUCAAGAAGUUAAUGUUCAUAACCGUAAUGCUAGAUUCUUCUUUCUUUGACAAAUUAAAUGAUCUUUUUGCUUUUUGUUGACAUUGAAGCCGGAGCUGGAAAUUCUGAUUUUCUAAUCUCGUGUUGAAAAAAAGAAGUCAUGGUACCAUGCUGAUACUGCUACGCUACUUUUUUGUUGCAGAUAUUUUAGACUGAUAUUUGUCUGUAGAUUUUCUAAAACUGACAUCUUGGUAGCAGCUAGGCUGCGUGAAAUUUUGUUAAUUGUUUGGACUAGACUGAGUGUAUAAUCAAAAGAGUCAGGAGACAAAAAUGUUGAGUCAGUACAUCAAAAUAAAUGGCUCAUUACGAGGUAUUUGGUACAGAUGGAUGCAUGGUCAGAAUUAUAGCGUUACUACUGUUUAUUCAUUUAUGGUAAAGCAUGUAAAUUUGAGCUUGUCUUUUGUUGGUAUUGGUCUGUAAAGUGCCCUGGAAAUGUCGUAAAACAGAUUUCUUGAUUUUUUUGGGACAUAGUUGCUAGGGAGUGGGAUUACCAUUUUUUUCUCUUUGUUAUUUUGGUUUUGUGGUUUUCUUCAAACUGUCCUUUUUGGAUUCUCUAAGCUCAGUCGACAAUAGCUCGUAGACAAAGCAGACUGACUAAUGAUAGUCUUCUGCUGACUUGUGAGGCUCGAAAAGAUCUUUCGUUUUAUACCAUACAACCUAUACUGUUUAUGAUUAUCCCUGUUGUCAAAAUGGGACAAGUAACUGUAGUUUUGCCCCGCAUAUCGUACACAUAGGGUCAUGUGGAAAUGUGCAAUUUUGUUAAGAAGCAAAAUAAUAUAAAAGUUUGCUUCCUGUCUAAGAGUAUUUUUUAUUUUUCUAUGCUGUCAUCACAGUAUUUUUGUUGCCUCUGUAACAUUGCCAUUCAGAUCUGUUCAGUCUCUCUGCUUCUGCCAUGACAUUGUAGUUGAUAGUACUUUGGUUUGACGCAUGAGCUGUACUUUGUUAGUUUUGUGAGCAUGCAUUGUUGUGAUCUUGGCAUAGGCUUCUAAUCAGAUAUGCCAUUUUUCAAAUAAACAGAUAUUUAUUUUGAUGAUACAAACU